AUGCUUCCACUGCCCAGUAAUGAUUUCAUACAAAACGACCUUCGCGCCUGCUUGGCUGAGCAGACGGAUUCACAGCAGCAGGUGGAUGGAAGCAAUGCCACAACUUCAAUUUUGGAAGCUUCGAAAAAGCAUUCAAAUCUUUUUUCAACAAAAGCUGAAAAGGAUGCACACAGAAGAUCUACGGAAACCCAAGUUGCGCACGACCUACGUGUUGCUGUUGAAGUAGAACGAGCAAAUUUGAGGAAAUCCAACGAAACUGAAAGCGAGCGCAAACUACGUCUCUCAGUCAAUGCAGAGAGGACCAAAUUAAGGAGGUCUGCUGAAACCGAAGAGAGCAGAGCCGACCGUCUCGCUAAUGCUGCAAGAAUUAGGAAAAUAAGGGCAGCUGCUGCUAUAGAGAAGCGAGUACUGCGAUCACAUACGCGAGUAGAUGAGAUGCAAGCACAGCCUGCGCCGGCAUCUCAUGGAAACACUGAACAAAAUCCUCGGAAGCGUCCUCGAUCACAGCAAUUAGCAGAAGAUGAUUGCGUUCCGAGUACUUCCAUUCUAGAUAAUUCCGAACUCGUGAGCAUCUUUGUGAGAACUCCAGCGAUUGCGUCCACUGUAUUCUUGAAGGAUUUGACUGCGCAGGUCCCUCGCGCACUGGAAAUAAACUUGAAUGACGUAGAUGAAAAUAGUCUCAAUUUCACAUUUCACCGAAGUCCAGUAAGACGGCACGAAGAUUGCGAGGUUAUAUCACUUCCCAGUGAGAUCUCUUCGACUACGUACGGAACCGAGUAUCCUCCCCCAAGAACUGCGAUCAGUGAGUCUUUGAACACAGCUACAGAUCAGUCUGCGAUUCAGAUGAGAUUAGCUCGAGAUUGUGCCAGUUUGAUUUGUUCCUUCACGAUGCACAAUUUUCCUGCGUGUUCAUUGCAAGAAGGUCAACAGAGUCCGCAAGCAAGCAAACAUGUACGUGUACGUGCCCAUGCGCAAACAAGAGAGAAAACUCAAAAACAGUGCAGGUUUAUUCCGUCUACCUCAUUCGCAAGCAAGAUACGGAAGUCCGCAAAAUCAGCGCACUUUACACGAUUUGCUUCCAAACUGUAG